AUGAGAGCCAACGACUUGCUUGAAAUAGAAGAAAGAAUUUCAAGUCUUUUAGCUAAGGAGGAAAAGAAGAAGGGAGAGCGCGUUGCCAUGCUAAAACAGAUCCAAGAGAGCAUUGACAAAAGGCGAAAGCUAUGCCAAGAGCUCGAGCAAGAGAAACAAAAGCGAAUAGAUAAUCUAAACAAACAAAAGGAAGCACUCGAAAAAGCAAAACAAAUAGCGCAAAAUAAAGAGAAUGAAGAAAGCGCAGAAAGAAGGGAAAGAAUCUGGAAGGAAUACGUGCAGGCAAUUGAGAAUAUAAACAAAGUAGAGCUUGUUCUCUCAAAGGACAUGGCAGGCACAGUCAAAAAGAUAGUUUCAAUGGGGCACGAAGCAAAGGCAUCUGGAUUUGACAGUCUGGCGCACGCAGUAACACAGCAUCUUAUGCAAGAAAUAAGAAGGUUUAUUGUUGAGUGCAAGAAGGCAUCAAGCACUCUUAGAGUAGACAGACUGAUUGGUCUUGUAAAAGGACUGAAUAGGUCGAUUGCUUUAUGCGAGAGCAAAGCAGGUAAAAUAGAAAAUAGAAGAGAUGUCUAUCUAGAUGGAUUCUUUGCAGAUUUAGAGGAAAACUUCUCAAACCACUUCUUCAGCCAGUUUGAGACAAAUAGACUGGACAAGCCAGAGUGGUACCUGGAGUACCUUAUAGGCAGCUUGGCAGAGCACGAGACAAUAUUUUUGGUUCUAUCACAGAUUGAUGAGCUGGAGAUGGAAAAUGAAGAAUCAGAGGUCAUAAGAGAGAAGGUGUACUUCCAUGGGCUAAUUGACAGAAUCUUCAGUAAAAUCAUCACAAAGAAGCUGAAGGAGUGCAUUUACAGCAAGUCCAAGCAGCAGAAGGAGCUAAUUAUGCACCACUCGCAAGAACUCUCCGUAUUUGAGAGAGAAUUGCAGACGCGUUAUAGAUACAAAAGAGCAGAAAAACUUCAGCAGAAAGAAGUCUCAUACAUAGAAGACUUGUUCAUUGGGCUGGCAGAAGAAGAACUACAAGGCAUUAUGAAGAAAGACUAUACUGAAUGGAGUGAACUGUUUAUGUACCUGAUUAAGACAAUAUUUAAGCAGUCUGCCACACUCUAUUCCGUCCUACCAGAUGCUCAUGCUGUUCUUCUUGAGGCUGCAAUCAAGAAAUAUCUGGAGGGUUUGGCUGCAUUUCUGAAUUCUUUCUUGUAUCAAAACACUGAAGAACAAGAUAUUCUAGUGCAUUUCAUAGAGGAAAUAGCACAUUUAGAAGAGGAACUGAUCGACAUUGAGACGGAGUUUGGUAUCUUAAUAGGGGAGGUAACCAUUCUAAAGGUGCCAUAUUUAGGAGUGUUUAAGAAGGACAUGCUAGAUAUCUUAGAAAGAGUUCUAGAAGAAAAAAUAGAAACAGCACUGCACCCGCUUGCUAGCUACAGGUACAUGGAAGAGCAAGAAGAAGCAAAAGCCAUAACUGAAAUAGAGGAAAUUGUCGAGUAUGAACUCUCUCGUAUAGAAACGCAAGGACUUGGUGAUUGGAUGCGAGGCACAAUUGGCGCACAGAUGGACAGAUAUAUUUCUGAAAAUGUACUGUCUGCCUCUAUUGAAGAGGAGUCUGAUAUUGCCAAAUUCAAAGAAAUACUUAAACGCCUAAUAGAAAUACUUAAACAAAAUGGCAUAGAAAAUUCACUGCCCCAGUGCGAGACCAAAUGCCAAGAAAUGCUUGCCAAGUUGCAUUAA